AUGAAAGGCGAUCGCAUGCUGCACGGUUCCUGCAGCAGCAAGGUGCUCAUGAAGGCAGCCGCUGCGGCUGCUGCAGCAACGGACGCCCCAGCAGCAGCAGCAGCAGCAGCUGCUGCUGCUGCUGCUGCUCAAGCUGCGGCAACAGCUGAAGGCUCGGAGCCUACUGCGACUAGACCAGGAAGUGGAGGCAUAGGGGCCGGAGAUCGCAUCACCUUUGCAGGGUCUUUGAGCAGCAGUGACCGGGCUCUUUUCGAAAGCCUCAAGCGUUGCGUGCUUCAGAAACAUCCUUCGCUUCUGUCCCUCGAUAAUCGUUCUCUAGUUGCAAAAGUUAACAGUAAAACCAAACUCCCCCUCUUGUGGAUCCGCGCGGACCCCAACCACACCUGGCCUGCCAGGAUCCGGCGCUGUCAGAGCGGGUCGAUGUGGGAGCAGCAGCUGCUCUCGGAGACAUCGGUGGGGUUUCAGCUGGAAGCAGCAGCAGCUCUCGGGAGUCUGCUGCCGCUGCAGCAGCAGGGAGGUCUUGGAGGAGAGGACCCUGUGAAGGCGCAUGCAGUUAUGGCCCUUAGCAAAGCACUCUCCUCACACAGAUGGCACCCUUUCUUCAGGGCGCGGGCUGCAUUUGCGCUGACUCGAUUGCAUAACACCGGAGGGGAGGAGUGCGGGGCGGCAUGGAAGGCCUUCGCCAACUACAUUUCUUCUUUUCAUAGCGAAGCUGUCUUAGACGCCGAAGCCAAUGAAGUGAUGUCUCCUCCAGAAUCGGGGGACGGCACGGCCAGUGGCGAGUGGGGUAUGCCUGCAGCAGCGUCAGCACCUACUGCUGCUGCUGCUGCAGGAGCCACCCCAACGGCAAGCGAAGCGCGAGGUCCCGCUAACGAUUCUCUGCGGCUGUCUUACUACGCAUGCACUGCCCCGGAGAGCCGCUUCUUGCGCCACUUCUUUGGUGCUGUCUCCCUAGUCAGAGACGUGAAAGGCUUCUCGACGCCUGCUUCUAUUGACCUGCUUCUGCAGCCACUGCAGCAGAUUGAGCCGACAGCUGCAGCGGACAGCGCAGCUUUACUUGCUCUUGGUGCCUCCGUGCUUGACUGUCUCGGCAACGCUGGCUGCUCCUUGCUGGUGCAGGGCGGCAGCGACGGGGGGGUUCCAGGGUGCUUUAUGGGCAUCGGCUUCAAAGAUCGAUUUGCCACUGCAGGGUUGCCCUGCGGUUGCUGCUGCGAGCAGCUGAUUAAGGAAGACCCUGCCGCCGCAGCAGCAACUCGAACAGCAGCAACAGAAGCAGCAACAGCAGCAGGACACUGGGAGGCGUUUGUCCUCUCCAGCUGCAGAGGUCUCGAAGCCGCCUGGAUUGAAGCCUGGCGCCUCUUUAGACUUGACGCAGUUAAAGCCCUCGCAUCCCCAAGAAAAGUAGGAUUCAGGGUUUGGGAUGUAGAGAGUGUCAAGGAUAUUACGGUUCAAAAACUUGUAGAGUUCCCGGAGGAUUGGGGUUCAAGGAUGUUUCGGGAGAUGACUUGCGCAUUUCUGAGGGCAGUAGGAAGGAAUCCGUCGCUGCGGGAUUUGGCGAGGCUUCGUUUUGUCGGGUGCAGCACGAGGACAGCUGAUUGGCAGCUGGGUUGUACAGACGGUUGCGAGGGCAGAGAGGCACCUACGUGCCUCAAAUCCAUGGACCUGCUAGGGGAUGUCUCUACUUCUGGCAGCAGCUGGUUGUCGCAAGAGUUCGGCCUGCCUUUUGAUUUGCUUCACUUCAUCAACAGCGGCGGCCGCUGCUCCUUCAUCAACAGCCUCUCGCCUGCAGCGGCGGAAGCACUCCUUGCCUACGACUUCCCCCUAGUACGGAGAGAGGCAAUCAGAGCGCUGCUGCAGGUUUGCUGUGAAGGAGCUGUUAGGGUGUACAGAGUACCCGUACCCAGGUCGUCAGCACAAGCAGCAAAGGCAUUAGGCACACGGAGCAGUCUACCGCUGCUUCCGCAGCAGCAAUGGUGUCUAAUAUCGAAGUUUGUGAGCCCGGAGGAACAGGUUUUGAGGUCGCAAGUGGGAUUGGGGCUGUACACCGCGCUCCAAGUGGCCAUCUGCCUGGACACCCCAGAGAGCGACCCCCAGGGCUGCAUUUGGAGCAGUCUGAUGCUGCUGCUCCAAGAGCUACGAGCAUCAAACCCUCUGCUGUUCCUCCCCUUCUCAGGGCAUGCCCCAGGCAUGCUGCUGCCAGAAACAGGGACAAACUUGCAGCAGCAACAGGAACAGCAUGAGCAACAGCAGCAGCAAGAGCAACAGCAGCAGCGCGAGCACAUCUUGGCGGAGUUGCAGCCGCCGCACGUUUGUUGCCUCCUCGGCUGUCUUGGCAGCUACUGUGAUAUCAGCCUCCCUGGAGUCGUGGGAACAACAGCAGCAACAACAGCAACGGCAGCCCGACAGAACCACCUCGUGGCUGUCGGCUGUUUUGUGGCGCAGGCGGCUUCUACGCUGCUGCAUUUGCACAUGCAGCAGCAGCUGCAGCAGCAGCAGCUGACAGCAGCAGCUGCACCUAGUCUGCAGCACUUGUCCUCUGUCCGCAGUUUCCUUUUUGGUGUUGGGACCCCUCCUUGUUGGUUGCCGCUGCAGCGUGAACUUGCUGCUUCGCUCUGCAGCACCAAGACGCCAGCAGCUGCAGCGGCAGCGGUAGCUGCUGCUGCGGGACUGUUUGAUCCUGCUGCAGCUGCUGGCGCUGCAGCGUUUGCUGCCUGCUCUCCAUUGAGAGAGGGCGUAUCUGCAGCAUCCAGAUGUGUACCUCGUCCCGUUCCCCCUUCUCCGUGCCGGCAGCCCGCAGCAGCUGCAACACCAGCCGCAGCCGGUGAAGGAUCAGAAGCAGCCCCAACAGCAGCGGGACCAGGAUUAGUAGAAGGGGCAGGUGAUGGGUUAGGGCCAUUGUGCGGAUUAGGUGAGGGCAGCUCCAGCGGGUCUGGUUAUGUACUGUGUUGUUUGCCUGGUCGUGACCAGACCGAACAAUAUCUGCAUUAUGGAUUAAGCGGAAAUCGGGAGCAGAAGAUGUGGAGUUUCAAGAGGAAGUACUUGGACAGAAAGGAAAGUGAAGCAGACUGGCGGCAAGUUGCAUGGGAGGCAGUCACUGCUCUAUUUGAGCUGCCUGAAGCUGCCUGGUUCACUCCUGACCCCGAGACGACCGCUGCUGGCUACAGCAACUAUAUAGCGGAGCCCAUGUGGCUUGGGAGAGUCAAGGAAAAACUGGAGGCUGACAAGUACCUUCUACCCUACCACUUCAAACAAGACAUGGCCCUCAUCUUUAAAAACGCCAGACUCUUCAACUCCCCACAAGACAAACCCUACAGAGACUGUUGCAUCCUCGAACAGAGAUUCAACCAACUCUGGACCCCGAUCAAUGCCGCAUUCCAACGAGCAGCCAGACACAAACGCCAGCAACAGCAUUUCCAACAGCAACAGCAGCGAGACAUGCAAGAAAAGCAAGACGAUAACCAAUCACAGCAACAACGCAAAGAAAACCCCUUACCGUUAGCUGCAGAUGCAACAGUAGCAACAGCAGCAGAAACACCGCGUGAUUCCACCGACACCACGCCAAUGGCGGCCAUAAUACACACACAAAUAACUCAGCAGCAUCCACAACCGCAGCAACAACAGGCCUCCCCCCACUCUGACAUAUUUUUCGACGCGGCAACGCCGCAGCAGGAGCAGACACAGGUGCAACCGCAGGAGUGGCAACAGAAGCAGAUAGGUAUUUCGUAG